AUGCAAAGAGAAUGCGGCCAUCGAUUUUGUAAAAUUUGCUUGGAAAAAACUGAUGUGAAAGCCACCUGCCAUGAUUGUUUAAAAGAAUCAGAAGAUGAAAAGGAUCAUUAUCCUACAGUUAGUAUGUUAAGCAGUGAGAUAAAUUGUUCUCCUGACUAUUUUCUUCGAAAAGAACUGGAUCGUUUACCUGCACACUGUAUAAAUCCAAAAUGUGUUUGGAAGGGUAAAUUCAAAGAGUACAAGCAACAUUGUUUGACAUGUGAUUGGCUCCUGUUAGAAUGCAGUCGAUGUCAUACAAAGGACAUUCCUCUAAGUAUGUUGGAAGAUCAUCGGAAAGAUUGUGCCACUAUGAUUGUCUGUCCUUUAGAUUGUGGCAGUCAGAUUCCACAAAGGAAGCUUUCUGACCAUAUUCAUCAAGAACUUUUAACCAUGAAAGUCACAAGAACUGGAGAGAGAGCCAAGGAAGGCCGUGUUUCUGUUAAAACCAUAUCAGCAUCAGUCAUUGUGGUCAUGACUCCCCGUAUAUUCCAUAAGGCAUAUUCAGGAAAAACCAACAAUAAAAAAAAAAGAAAAUAA